AAAUAGGAAGAGAUUACACACACAAAAACCACAAACACACUAAAACAAACUUCUAUCAACUCAAAAUACAAACAAAAGAAAGAAAAAUGGUGAUGAUGAAGGCCACAUGGGUUUCCGUUUUUGCCCUCGCGGCGGUCCUCUUAUUGGUCCUACUUCCCGCGGCUGAAGCCGUGACAUGCUCGCCAAUGCAACUAAGCCCAUGUGCAGCGGCGAUAACGUCGUCUUCUCCACCAUCGGCGUUGUGCUGUGCUAGGCUCAAAGAGCAGAAGCCAUGCCUAUGUGGUUACAUGAGAAACCCUAGCCUCCGUCGCUUCGUAAGCACUCCCAACGCUCGUAAAGUCUCUAACCAUUGCAGACUCGCCAUCCCAAGGUGUUGAAUAAUCAAAGAACCGUUUGAUGUUUAUGGUCAUUCAGAAUGACUCAUUCUAUAUAUGCUAUGAGUUUUACUUUUGUUGUGUGUGUGUUUAAGGAUGUUAUUAAGUAUUGUAGUAGAGUUAAGUAAGUUGUACGCUUCGCGAAUAACAAUGUGUGGUGAUGCUUUGUACGCAUCUUAUUUUUAAUUUUUGCUUAUCUUA